AUGCACGUCCAGUGGCAUAUAGUCACCUUCCUAUUGGGUACCCAGCUAGCUGGUGCCAACAUGCUCCGGCCUGCAGCCGCUGUCGCCCUUGCCAAUCUGGAAGCCCGAGAUGCACAGUGUCCCGAGGCGACACAGACCCUUUGUUCCGAUGGAACUGGCUGCUGCCCAUCAGGAGUAGCAUGCAUAUACCAAACAGGUAUACCCAAGUGCGACUCGCCAUGCAAUGGGGGUCCGACUUGCAAGAAUGGAAACUGCUGCGAGAUUGGAUACAUCUGCGAUUCAACCGGCAUCCUGUGCGUCCUGGACACCGCAAAACUGACCGGCAUCCCAAUCCCAACUUUCACGUCCAUGAAUCCUGGCGGUCCAAUUGAGACGACUGAUGUCUCUUCGACGAUGCCGGAACCUGCAACCUCGUCGGGGGCCGGUGGGUCAUCAUCCACUAAUCAAGGAGGAGGCUCGUCGAACAACGCCUCUGGAUCAUCUGCUUCAACACCGUCUAUCACAUCCUCGUCUGGCUCCAUGCCCUCAUCUACUGCUGGCUCAUCAUCAUCUUCUGCCGGCGCAGCCUCCUCGACAACGUCACCUGGAAUCGCAACUUCGUUGGGAUCGGAUUCUUGGACGACAUGGCUAUUUGCCUGGGUGAUCGGACUGCCUCUCAUUGCAUAG